AUGGCAUCCGCAGUGGCUCCUGUGGCAGCAGAAAGCAGGCUCGUGUUUUCCAUCGAGAGGAUUCUGGGUUUGGAGCUGGAAACACACAGGAACUCCCUGAAACUGCACCGACCCUGGACAGAGAUCAGACCAGAGAGGAAGAGCAGAGACGACAAUUUCUGCUGUAAACAACAACAUUAUCAUCAACACCUUCAGCAUCAGCAUCAGCAACAGCAUCAUCAUCAUCAUCCUCAGCAGGUGGACUCUCCCAGACCAGCAUCCAGCUGGUACAUCGGACGCAGACCGCGCACCGCCUUCACCAACAGUCAGGUGAGUGUCCUGGAGAGAGUGUUUCAGGUGAACUCGUACCCAGGGAUCCAGCUGAGGGAGGAGCUGGCAGGGAGACUCAACCUGGACGAAGACCGCAUCCAGAUCUGGUUCCAGAACCGGCGGGCCAAGCUGAAGCGCUCCCACAGAGAAACCAGACUGCAGCUGGUCCAGUCAGCCAUGGCCGACCUCGGGCUCAAACACGAGGUCGUAGGUCACCUCAAGGCCGAGCAGGAGGUCCAAGACGACCUUUGA